AUCCGGCCGUGUCCAUCGCCGAGCCAGCGCCGUGUUGGACAGGACAUCCCAUCUUUCGAGCUCCUUCCCUCAUGCCGAUCGCUACGACGGGCCUCGUGGCCGUGAUCGUGGUCGUCUGCGUCUUCUGGCUCCUCGUCUUCCUCGCCUUCUCGCUGAGCAUCCGCGUCGUCAACCACGCCGAGGUCAUGAUCCUCGAGCGCUUUGGCCGGUACAAGAUGACGCUGCUGCCUGGCAUCCACUUUAUCGUGCCCGUCAUCGAGCGCGUGCGCCCGAUCGCGUGGCGCCACCUGAGCCGCCGCAUCAUGAGCGGCGACGCGCCGUCCGUCUCGAUCAUGAGCGAGACCGUCGACAUGCGCGAGCACGUGAUCGAGUUUGCGCGCCAGCAUGUCAUUACAAAGGACACGGUCAUGAUCGACAUUGACGCGCUCGUGUACUUUCGCAUCGUGGACCCGCGCCUCGCCGUGUACAAGGCGCAGAACAUCCCUGACUCGGUCGAGCUCGUCACGCAGGCGACGCUGCGCAACAUCAUUGCGACCAUGACGCUCGACGACACGUUUUCGUCCCGCGACGAGAUCAACACGGAGCUCCUCAACCGCGUCAAGCCCGACGUCGAGCGCUGGGGCGUCACGAUCACGCGCGUCGAGAUCUUUGACAUUGUGCCGCCCAACGACAUCAAGCUCGCGAUGGAGCAGCAGAUCAAGGCCGAGCGCGAGCGCCGCUCCGAAGUCUUGGAGGCGGACGGGCAGCGCGAAAGCUGCAUCGUCAACUCGCGCGGGGACGCUGCCGGCCUCGUGCUGCGCGCCGAGGGCGACCGUGCGUCGACCUUGCUCAAGGCGACGGGUCUCGCCGAAGCCAAGAUGCUCUCGUCCAAGGCCGAGGCGCAGUCGAUGGAAGCGAUUCGCGCUGCGAUCAACGAAGUGGGCGUCCGCGCCGUCGACUAUCUCACGGCUAUCCAGUACCUCAACAUUUUGCGCAAGAUCAACGUCAACCAAGGCAAUCUGCGCCUCGUCUUGGUGCCCAUGGACACGGUCCGCGGCAUCAACGAGCUCGUCAAGAUGAACGCGUAGGCAAUUGCGUAACCUGACCUGCUACUACAUGCACAUUAACGUC